AAUUCUUGGAUUUAGCAUUGUGCACUGGAGAAUUGUCAUUUUUCAAGUAUUAAAUUGGCAAGUACUUAGUUGAAUCUGAGUAUAUGUUGCUGAGUGUAGAAAUACCAAAUCAACACCGUAACGGCUGCUCAGGAAUUCAAUUUUUCAAUGUGCCCUUGUAUUAUUGUGUCACAAUGUUAACAGUUAUGUGGAUCACGAAAGUUUGUUUCAAGGAAUCCCGAUUCUUCACCCUCUCUUCCAAGCGGCGCCUAGCUCCUCCAUCCAACCAUCCAAGCAGUGCUCCAUGCUAUCCGUCGGUCCAUGUCGCCAGACUAUCGUUCUUGUUUCCGAUUGCCGCCACUAGUCCGUGCCACUACUCUCUCCUUCAAGGCAUUCCCUUCGAAAGUCCAGAAGUCGCCAUUGAAGGUGACAUUCUUGAUCGUGGCUCAAGUGGUGUUCCCGACUCGGUAACGGGAACACCUGCAAGGACGAUCACGCCAAGUGUUUCCGUCACAAAGAAGCGGCUGUUGUGGUGCAGGAAUUCCGGAACCACACAACAUCGUCCAUGGAGUUUUCAACCCCGGUGGGCGGAUCAAACAACACAUUGACCAGUUCAAUCCAAGGCGAUGAAGAAUUGAGUGCGGGUGAAGUUGUUAUUCAAGAGCAAGAGGGAUUUAAGGUAUAGUGCAUGGGUUGUUCUUGCAUUGUAAGCAAUUUGAUCACAACGUGAUAUGUGAAUGUUGUUUCUUCAUGUUAAUUAGAUGUUUUUUAACUUUAUCUAUUUGGAAAAUUCUGGUACGGUGUCACAUUUAGUUGAAAAAUUUAUUAAAGUAAGCUAGGAAUUGCUAUCAAAUG